UCUGCUGCAGGAAUCUCGGCUGCCAGGCCGCCGGCUGCCCAAAGCCCGCACCGCUCUGCGUUCCGCGGGAGUGAGCUGAGCUGAGCUGAGCCGGGCCGGGCCGGGUCAGGCUGGGCUGGGAGCAAGGUGCCCAGCCUCUGAGGACACCUCUGUGGAGGAGUCAACUGGCCCUCCCAGCGGGACAGUGAGGGCAUGACCAGCUGCUGCCAUCAGUCACCACACAGGGACAGGACCCCAACCAGCCAUGCCAUUUGCAGGACCCCUGUGAGAGUCACAAUGAUCAGCCAGAGGUGCCAGCCCACCCUCCUUCCUGAGUUAAGCACUGCUGUUCCCAGAACCAGCUGAGUUGAUGCUCUGAUUCAAGUCUGCCCUGGAGCCACCUGCCAAGUCCAGAGUGUGAUCCCUGCUCUUUGGCACAUGCACCAUGAGUCACAGUGCCAGCUCCAGGCUGGCCGACUCUCCACAGCUCUCCAAGAGCAGCCUCUUGAACAUCCUGGGCAGCCCUUCGCCUGACCGGAUGGGCCUCCCUGACUCUCUGCCACCCACCCCACAGAGCGGGACCCCCUCUCCAGGGCCCCCACCACUGCCCCUGUUGCCUAGUGGGUCCCCAGGGUUGGAUGGUGACUGGGAGAGCCGGGAAGAGCUGCGCCUUCGAGAACUGGAGGAGGCCCGGGCCCGGGCAGCCCAGAUGGAGAAGACCAUGCGCUGGUGGUCAGACUGCACGGCCAAUUGGAGGGAGAAGUGGAGCAAGGUGAGAGCUGAACGAAACAAGGCACGGGAAGAGGUGCGGCAACUUCGGCAGAAGCUGGAGGCCUUGACUAAAGAGCUGACAGGGGCCCGGCGGGAGCGGCAAGAGGCCCUGAACCAAAGUGAACAGCUGGGCAAGGAGGUAGCUCGACUUAAAGGGGCCCGGCUGCAUGAGGAAGAAGAGGAAAAGGACCCCCAGGAGUGCGAGGAGGCUCAGGAAGAGGAAAAGGGCAGGGGCAAGGAGAAGGAGCUGGACAACAGGGUGAUCUCAGAGAAGGAGAGCCAGGGGGGUGGCCUCGAGCAGGAGCCUGUGCGGGAUGUGGGCUCAGAGAAACCAGCCAAGAAUAAGGAGCUGGAACUGAUGGAGAACCUUCUGAAGAGCAAGCAAGAGGGGCCCGAGAACUGGGAGUCACGAAGCAUGGGUAGCGUCCGGGCUACCUUCAGCCGGCAGGAGCGGAGCCGACUACUUUGGGAGGAGGUGUCCACCAUCGAGGAGGAUGUCACCAAGGUGACUGCCCUGAAGCUGCGGCUGGAUGAGUCCCAGAAGGUGCUGCUCAAGGAACGAGAGGAUAAGCUGUCACUGAGCAAGAACAUUGAAAAACUGGAAGGGGAGCUCAGCCAGUGGAAGAUCAAAUAUGAGGAACUAAGCAAAAACAAGCAGGAAGUACUGAAGCAGCUCAACAUCCUUAAAGAAAUGCACCAGGAUGAACUGGGCCGCAUGUCAGAGGACCUGGAAGAUGAACUUGGGGCUCGGUCCAGCAUGGACAAAAAGAUAGCAGAACUUCGGAGUGAGAUGGAGCGUCUGCAGGCAGAGAACGCCGCCGAGUGGGGCCGUCGAGAGAGGCUGGAGACAGAGAAGCUAAACCUUGAGAGGGAAAACAAGAAGCUUCGGGCCCAAAUUGAGGACCUAGAGGAGGUGCUGGCCCGAAAGCGGCGUCAGACAGCCAGCGCCCUGGAUUCCGACCUCAAGGCCAUCCAGGCUGAGCUCUUUGAAAAGAACAAGGAGCUGGCAGACCUCAAGCAUGUACACACCAAGCUGAAGAAGCAGUACCAGGAGAAGAUGGCAGAACUGGCCCAUGCGAACCGGCGGGUGGAGCAGCAUGAGGGUGAGGUCAAGAAGCUGAGACUGCGGGUGGAGGAGCUGAAGAAGGAGCUGGCCCAAGCCGAAGAUGAGCUGGAUGAAGCACAUAAUCAGGCUCGGAAGCUGCAGAGGUCCCUAGAUGAGCAGACAGAGCACAGUGAGAACCUGCAAGUACAGCUGGAGCAUCUGCAGUCAAGGCUCCGCCGGCAGCAGAACGCCCCGCUCUUUGGAAAGAUCCGGAGUUCUCGGUUUGGGACUGAAGAACCCGGGGAUGGUACCAGUGACCUGGAUGAAGAUGAAGACCUACAGAUCCAAGUCCCUUAGUGCAAGGGAAGGAGGAGGGAAGGGCCAGCCUGCAUCAGGGAACAUUACUUGGGCCAAUUCUCCACGAACUAUAACUGGUCCUUUUUAGUGUCGACAGCCCUGGGCCUGUGCUGGGAGCCCUGAGACAAAACGGGAAGCUGCCUGGAACCUGGGCCUUGCCAGGCUGAGGCUGAGGGUAGGGUAUACCCUCCUCAGGACAGGCUGAGGUGAUCCGGCAGAUCCACUGGGCCGGAUUUCAUCCCCCUGCUCUCCCAGCUGAUACCUCUCAUUCCUCUUUGUCUCUCUUUCCUCCCCCUCCCCUAGCCUUCACCCUCCCCUCAACCUACUGCAGAAUCAACAAGGACGUUACUAAAAAUAAGAUAAUGACUUUAUUGGGCCAUUAAAGAGCAAAGUGGGCACUGAGACCAAGCAGGGUCCUGCCUAUCCAAUUCCCUGAAGAGGUAGGAGAAGUAUUCUAUUAUACAUAUAUAUAUAUAUUAUAUUAUAUACAUGCAUACAUGCAUAUAUGUGUGUGUGUACUUGUACCUGUUUUAUUUUUAUAAACAUGAGCUAGGGGAGAAGCUGGCUGUUGUUAAAGGGACUUGGGGAUUUAACUCAGACUCCCACUCCCCAGUUUGGGGUACCCUUUUGGACUUUUGCAUUAAAAGAAGACAGCCAGGAAACCAUUGGGAAGACUACACCCAGCCCAGCUCCAGAGGUCUGUUGGGACAGAGGAUUGGGCAACAAGCACAUUUUUACAAACCCAACCUUUUUUAAUAAACUGAGUUAAGAUCA